AUGUCUCAAUUAACUUCUGUAAUUAAAAGUGCAAACUCUUCUUUGCAUUCUGCUACUGUUAUAUUUUUACAUGGUUUAGGUGAUAGCGGACAUGGAUGGGAACCAAUUGCUAUAGAAAUAGGUGAAAAAAUGGAACAUGUAAAAUUUGUGCUACCAAAUGCACCAAUACGUCCAAUAACUAUUAAUGCAGGUAUGAAGAUGCCUGGAUGGUUUGAUGUUACAACUUUAAAUGUAGAUCAAAUAAAUGGUGUGGAUGAAGAUGGUGUGAUGGAAUCUAUUUCUCAAAUAAAAAAAUUGAUAAAAGAUGAAAUUGAUUCUGGAAUUGCUUCUAAUCGAAUUGUUGUUGGAGGAUUUUCUCAAGGAACUACGAUAGCUCUGGCUACAGGGAUAACAUCAGAAUAUCCUUUAGCUGGAAUAGUUGGGUAA